GCCUUCCGAUGUGCAAGCGGGAACCAGGCUACAUGAAUGGAUUGCUUGCACUUAGGAAAGCACAGAAGGAUAAAAAAAAGGUUUUGAAUUAGAAAUAAAUUAUGCAAUAUACAGGGUAAAAAAUUACGUAUGCCGCAGUUGUAAGCAUUUUAAUUGGCGCUGUUCAAAGUGAAAGUGAAACCGGAUGUACCUUGGACAGUGACUUUUGGCGGCAAUUUACAUGCUGCCAAUACUCAUCCAGUGGAUCCCACGCAAGACUUUUUUAAAGUCUUAUGAUCGGUUAUUUAAUCGUAAUUUUAAGUCAUUCCUUAUAUUUAACAGCAUGGAGUCGCCGUACUUUAGUCACCCAGUUACUAGAUCUCACCUUACUGUUAAAGUGAAAGUAGAAAACGAAUCAAGAUCUCUUCAUACAUCCUCAAAUGAAACUUUUAUUAACCCUUCAACUAGAAAAAGGAAACUGAAGGGAAAAGUUGAAAUAAAAUAUGAAGAGACUGAACCAGAACAAGUUAACAGUGCGAAGAAGGAAGGUUCUUCUUGGGAACCAUCGCUGUGGAGAGAUCAACUUAAAAAUAUAUAUGAAAUGAGGAAAAGCAGGGAUGCACCAGUAGAUACCAUGGGUUGUGAUGUCAUAAGUGACACUCUUGCUUCCCCAGAGGUGUACAGAUACCAAGUACUGGUGUCACUCAUGCUUUCAAGUCAAACAAAGGACCAGAUAACAUCAGCUGCAAUGAAGAAAUUGAGAGAACAUGGUUGUAACAUUGAUAACAUUCUGCAAACCUCGGAUCAAGUUCUGGGAGAGUUGAUCUAUCCUGUUGGUUUUUGGAAGAGAAAAGUGGAAUUCAUAAAGAAAACUACAAAAAUUCUUCAAGAUGAAUAUAACGGAGACAUCCCGGAUUCUGUGGAGAAACUUUGCAAGCUGCCGGGUGUAGGACCAAAGAUGGCGUACCUGGUGAUGAAGUGUGCAUGGAAUGAGAUCACAGGCAUUGGGGUGGACACACAUGUUCAUCGGAUUUCCAAUCGACUCAAAUGGGUGAAAAAGCCAACCAAACAGCCAGAGGACACCAGGAAAGCAUUACAGGACUGGUUACCAAGGGAAUACUGGAGUGACAUCAAUCAUUUGCUGGUUGGAUUUGGACAACAGACAUGUUUACCUGUAGGACCAAGAUGUUACGAAUGUCUGAACAAAUCCAUCUGUCCUGUGGGUAAAACAAACAAUAAGAUACCCUCACCAAGGAAAAUCAAAAAAGAAGAAACUUAAAUGCUAGAUGUUACGAAUGUCUGAACAAAUCCAUCUGUCCUGUGGGUAAAACAAACAAUAAGAUACCCUCACCAAGGAAAAUCAAAAAAGAAGAAACUUAAAUGCUAGAUGUUACGAAUUCUGAACAAAUCCAUCUGUCCUGUGAGUAAAACAAACAAUAAGAUACCCUCACCAAGGAAAAUCAAAAAAGAAGAAACUUAAUUGCUAUAGUGGUCACACAGGCACACACAAAUUGUAUGUAGUAUUUACUGAUAAUUGUACAAUUGUGUUGGACAAUUUCUUUGGUUCUGUUUUAUCAUGUGAAUCUUAUAUAGUGCUCACAUACAAAUUGUUUGUAUACAUGUAUUUUCUGAUAAUUGUACAAGAUACACAUUGUGUUUGACACUCAUGAUGUCAGAAUGUGUUAUGUCUUGUUAUUUGUAUGUGUGGGUGCAUGUAUUUGAAUAUAUUACGUUAUUUCAUUCAUGUAGUAUUGUAGAGAAAAAGUGAUUUAAUUAAAAAAAACAAAA